UCAAGAAAGUCAUCACUUGGCAACUGGCUGGUGGAGCAUGCCAAUCAGCGAGGAACAACAACAUUAAUCCCGAGCACAAAAUGAGCAACAAGCUUACACUGGCAAUCCUUCAGCUGCCCGUGGGCACUGACGUGGCAGCGAAUGUCCAGCAUGCUGUGGACAGCAUCACCGAGUUGAAGCGAACAAAUCCGCAACUGCAGCUGGCCAUACUGCCGGAGAGCUUUAAUGCACCCUACGCUGUGGAGCUAUUUGCCAAGCAUGCCGAGCUAGUGCCAAGUGGGGCCACUUGCCAGGCGCUGUCGCAGUUGGCGCUCAAGCUUAAUAUCUACAUUAUUGGUGGCAGCAUAAUUGAGAGGGAUGCGAACAAUAAGCUCUAUAAUACCUGCACUGUGUGGGCGCCCAAUGGCAAGCUAAUUGGCAGACAUCGCAAGAUACAUCUCUUCACCAUGAGCAUUAACAUGGCCAACGGGGGCGGCGUGCAGUUCGACGAGGCGGCAGCACUAACACCGGGCAACGAGGUGACUGUGGUGCAAAUUGGUUCGCACAAGGUCGGCAUUGGCAUCUGUCACGACAAGCGGUUCGAGGAGCUGGCGCGUGUGUAUCGCCAAAUGGGCUGCAGUAUGCUGGUGUAUCCAUCCGCAUUUUGCAUUUGCCAGGGCCCCAUGCACUGGGAGCUGCUGCAGCGUGCUCGUGCCACCGACAAUCAGCUCUAUGUGAUUACCUGCUCACCGGCGCGCGACAACAUGUCCGGCUACGUGGCCUACGGACACUCGAUGAUUGUCGAUCCUUGGGCGCGUGUGCAGCGCGAGGCGGGCGAGGGACGCGAGCUCAUCGUUCAGCAAAUAGAUUUGGACAUGGUUGAUGAAGUGCGUCGUCAAAUACCCAUUUACCAGCAGCGACGCUGCAAAGUCUAUGAGCAAGCCAAGGCGGGCAUUUAGAAAUUACAAUUGUUUAUAAUCAAAAGCAGCGGGAGCGUAAUAACUGAUAGUACACAACAGCAAACAAAAUAUGCGCAAGGGCGUAGCCCAGACCCCCCUUAGCAUACAAUAUUCAAAGCAAAUAAAACUUUUAAGCGACAUUUGUCUUUAGCUUUCAUAUAAA